AACAAUGGCACCGAGCAAAUUUCUGAGGAAGAAGCGGUAUGCAGAAUUUGCUUGGUUGCUCUUUCUGAGGGCGGUAUAACUCUUAAAAUGGAGUGUGGAUGCAAAGGUGAACUUGCACUUGCACAUGAAGAUUGUGUUGUUAAAUGGUUUACAAUUAAGGGAAAUAAAACUUGCGAUGUAUGUAAAAAUGAGGUCAAAAACCUUCCCGUGACAUUGUCAAGAAUACAGAGUAAUCACACAAACAACAUACAGCCAGCAGGAAUACCUCAACACACGGAGGUGCAACAGUACAGGGUUGGACAAGAUAAAUUUGUUCUUAUCAUGAUCAACAUGCUUGCAUAUACCUAUUUUAUUGAACAACUUUUGGUGAAGAAUAAAGGUUCGAGUGCUCUUAUAUUAGCUUUGUCAUUUGCAUGUGUUAUGGGCUUCCUCACAUUAGUCAUUGCAUCGUAUGUUGUGAACAAGAGACAUAUGUGGACAUAUUCAGCACUUCAAAUUGUGUUUGUAAUUGCCUUUAUGCUUCUAUUCUACAUAGGGUUCCAUGUUGAUGCCGUUUUAGCGCUUUCCGUUUCAUGCUUAGCUGGGAUUGUUAUUACAUUGAGUGGAAAAUUGUUACUCUUGGAAUACCUUAAAUGGAAAUCAAGUUUACAAGCUGAUAUGAUUUUAUAG